GCCGCCAUUUUUACAGUGUGCCGAGUGCUCUGCGACUUAUUUUGUGUGAUUUUUAGUAGCGCGAUUUAUAAAAUGCUAACGCGUUUUAAAGUUAAUUAAACCAAGGACGAUAAGCAUUUGAGCGCGUAGAGCAAAUAAAGUGCAUGGAUAACUGGCUAACAGCUUAGCUACGCAUGUGUUACGUACUCUGCCAGCGGCGUGUUAUCAACCGAAUCAGCGCAGCCGCCAUAAAAAAAAAUCGACUGUUUUAAUACAUUUUCUAGUGACCCAAACAAAUAUAGCGAAGACGGAAGAAAAUUGCAACAACUGCUGGGUGUAGUGGGCGUGUUAGCCAAACAACAUGAGUUUCUCCAGCGACGAGGUGAACUUUUUAGUUUUCCGAUAUCUACAAGAGUCAGGUUUUUUGCACUCCGCGUAUGUGUUCGGCAUCGAGUCCCACAUCUCGCAGAGCAACAUCAAUGGCGCCCUCGUGCCUCCUGCCGCCCUGCUCACCAUAUUGCAGAAGGGUCUGCUAUACACCGAAGUCGAGUGGAGCGUGGGCGAGGAUGGGGAAAUGGCUCGUCCCAUUGAGGGAUUGAGUCUCAUCGAUGCCGUCAUGCCCGAAGUGAAGCCGCCCAAACUGACUGUGAAAACGGAGCCGGGAAAGCCAGCUGUGGAUGCCAAUGCAGCGGGCGGCGGCAAUGGGAACAAUGCGAAUGCCAAGGCAGAGAUUAAGAUCGAGCCGGGCACAGGCAAUGCAGCGGGCGGUGGAGGAGGUGCAGCAGGAGCAGGUGGCGCUGGCAAGGCGGGCAACACAAAUGCAAACAACACGCAAUCCACAACGGGCAGCAAUAACAAUGGCAGCAACAACAACAACAAUGCGGGUAACGACAACAGCGAGGUGGACUCGAGUGCAUCAGCGAACAACAAUGCUGCGGGCAUAGCGGGCAAUAACAAUGGUGCGACUGGUGGAGCAGCCGGUGGCGCCACAAUAGUGACAGGCGGUGGCAAUGCGGACACAGCUGCGGCAAAUGCAGUCGGUGGCAACAAGAAAGCGGAGCAGGGCACGGCGAGUAGUACAGGAGGUGGCAAUGGAGCAAAUGCCAGCAGCACAGAUGAUGCUGCAUCCUCAACGUCCACAAAUGGUAACAGCAGCAACGCCAGCAGCGUGGAGCAGCCCUCGAGUGGCGUGACGCCAGCGCUGCCAGCAGGAGCUAGUGGAGAUGCUGCCAAUGCAGCCAACGCCGGCCAAGCAGGAGCUGGCGUGGGCAACAAGGCGCCAAGUGGUGCAGCGGGCAACGCAGCAGUUGGACGUGCGCCCAAUAGCGUGCAGGCAUCGGGACCAACAGCGGCACAGAACGCUGUGCCCAGCAGCACCACAUCGUCGGCAGGUCCAGGAGGCGGAGGAGGUGGCAUUGCAGGUCCAGCUGGCAACGCAGCUGUCGAGGCCAUGGACAUUGAUCAGAGCAUUGAGAUACCUGAGUCGAAGGCGCGCGUGUUGCGUGGCCAUGAGAGCGAAGUGUUCAUCUGCGCCUGGAAUCCCAGUCGGGAUCUGUUGGCCAGUGGUUCAGGAGAUAGCACAGCGCGCAUUUGGGACAUGUCCGAUGCGAAUGCCAACUCCAAUCAACUAGUGCUGCGGCACUGCAUACAAAAGGGCGGCGCCGAGGUGCCCAGCAACAAGGAUGUCACCUCGCUGGAUUGGAACUGCGAUGGCUCGCUGUUGGCCACAGGCAGCUACGAUGGUUAUGCACGCAUUUGGCAGACUGAUGGUCGCCUCGCCUCAACGCUGGGACAGCACAAGGGUCCCAUUUUUGCACUCAAGUGGAACAAGUCCGGCAAAUACAUUCUGUCCGCGGGCGUGGACAAAACCACCAUCAUCUGGGACGCCUCGACGGGACAAUGCACACAGCAGUUUGCGUUCCAUAGUGCGCCUGCUCUGGACGUGGACUGGCAGUCGAAUCAAUCGUUCGCCUCGUGCAGCACAGAUCAGCGCAUCCACGUGUGUAGGCUGGGCAUGAAUGAGCCCAUCAAGACGUUCCGCGGUCACACCAACGAGGUGAAUGCCAUCAAAUGGUGUCCGCAGGGUCAGCUGUUGGCCUCGUGUUCGGAUGAUAUGACGCUAAAGAUUUGGAGCAUGACACGAGAUCGAUGCUGUCACGAUCUGCAGGCGCACUCCAAGGAGAUCUACACCAUCAAGUGGUCACCCACCGGACCGGGCACCAACAACCCGAAUACGAAUCUGAUUCUCGCCUCUGCGUCGUUUGAUUCCACAGUCCGGCUGUGGGAUGUGGAACGUGGCAGCUGCAUACACACGCUAACGAAGCACACGGAACCCGUUUAUUCGGUGGCCUUCAGUCCUGACGGCAAGCACCUGGCCUCAGGCAGCUUUGACAAGUGCGUGCACAUCUGGAGCACGCAGACGGGACAAUUGGUGCACAGCUAUAAGGGCACUGGCGGCAUUUUCGAGGUGUGCUGGAACUCAAAGGGCACCAAGGUGGGUGCAAGUGCUUCGGAUGGCAGCGUCUUUGUGUUGGAUCUGCGAAAGUUUUGAUCGUCAUCGGCAGUAGCAGCAUCAGCGGUGGAAACAUUUGCCAGCUCCGCCUCCCAGCUAAUUUUAGGUUACGUGUAUUGAAGUAAUCCUAUCCCCCCGCCCUCCCCAGAACAGAAACCUGUUUCCCUGUCGAGUCAAGCAUGUUGGGCGUGUUGUGUGUGUGGGGGCGUGGCAAACCGAGUUUCAAUACGCCCCCCACCCAAGGCCCGAGUAAUGAUGAAAAACGCUUUCAACUUAGUCAUAAGCUCCAUAUGUUUCUAAGUAUUCAUUUUUAUACACAACUCGUUUAAGUAUAAUCCCUAUCUUAACUUAAUGCAUUUUCUGUUAUGCUCCUCCCAAAAGUUUCCCCAACACAAAAUAAGUCUUAUAUUCGAACAUCCUUUUUUUUUAAUUAAACUAGACUUUAAGCGUAGAGCAAGAAAAUGUGCAUGCAAAUCACGAGUAGUUAGCCGACAACUCUGAAGAUGCCUCCUCCAGGCGUCCAGAGUUCGAUUUCAAACCCGAUUCACGCAUACAUUCGUAACAGUGUAACUGCAUCCCAACGUAGUGUGUAAACGAAACUUAUUGUAAUGUUGUAAAGAAUGGCGAGGACAGCUACAAAUUAAUUAAAGCUCAACAAAAAAGCAA